GUUGUGGAAAAUCAGUGGCUAAUUUGAAGUUUCCGAAAAGUGGAAAUCCAACUUAUCCUCAUUGUAAUGGAGGUUAUAAAGAAAAAGGUAAACAAGAAUACGAAAGAAAAAAUGCCGAAUAUCAAAAUCGCUGGGAGGGUCUUUCUCCGGAGGAAAAGUUAAUUGAAGUCAAAAAAGAGUAUCGGUAUGGUGAAAAUGUUACUGAACUUGCCACUCGUUCUGCAAUACCACCCUCGCCAACUGGCAAUGAUAACAACUUUUCUAGUGCGAGCAGUGAUAUUGGUUCAGAAAGCAAUAAACAAGGAGGAAAAAACGAUGACAGUUCAAAAAACCAGCGGAAUCGAGGUCAUUACCAAUUAGAAAACAAUUCGCCGGAAAAUAACUCGACUGGCUUAAUCAUUGGUGGAGCAGUGGCGAUUUCUUUUGUCUUAUUCGCUACUUUUUUAGUGAUAAAAGGAAAAACCCAGCCGGGAAAGGG